AUGGCUCAGCAUUCUUCGAAGCACAACGUCUACAUCGCUGGUGGACCUGGCGGCGACUCAAUAGGUCCAGCAAUUCACAAUUACAUCGCCGGCUCUCUGGGGCUUGAUUGGACUUGCGAAUUUCUGCGGUUAAGCGAUGUCAACGAUGUGAUGACCCUUUUCCGGCGCGACGACUUUGCCGGAGGGAUAGUGACGAUGCCACACAAGCGCACAAUCAUACCGCUUCUAGAUUCCGUGGACGACUUUGCCCAGGACAUCGGUGCCUGUAAUGUUGUGGUCCGCACCCCCAGUGGCAAACUCCACGGUACAAAUACAGACUGGUUGGGCAUCAGAAACGCAGUCAACGCAACAGAGAAGAACGAGAACAGUGGACAACAUACAGCCGUGGUGUAUGGUGCCGGGGGCGCCAGCAGAGGCGCAGUUUACGCACUCGCAGCAGGCCUUGGCUGCUCAACCAUCUACAUCAUCAAUCGAGAUGACAAUGAAGUCGCAGCAUUGAUGGCAGACGUGGAAGCCUACAGGCACUUCAGUAGGCCACGGCUGGUGCAUGUUACCAGUCUCGAACAGGCCGAGACAUUACAAUGCCCUCGAUACAUCAUAUGCACCGUCCCGGACUUCGAGCCCACCUCUCCCACCGAAGUUGCCUGCCGUGACAUUCUGGGACAGUUCCUCCAACGUGGCCGGCAGCAACAGAAUAUCCUUUUGGACAUGUGCUAUCAUCCACCCGUCACUCGAAACAUCAAGGCUGCGAUGGAGGCAUCGUGGACCGUGAUACCCGGCUUCCUGGUGUCCGGACAUCAGUUUGCUCGCCAGUGGGAACUUUGGGCGGGCCGGCACAUUGACAGUCAUACUGUCCUAACCAUGUGUAAUGACUUGGUGCGCGAACGAGAGUCAUCCAAAGUAGUAGCUGCCGCUUAG